CACCCAUCGACAUCGACGCAUCCCGAGCUCGUGGGCUGAUCUGAAUCUUAAUCCAGACAAGCCAUCCAGGGAUUGGGAUUCAUGGCAAAGGGAUCAGAUUGAUCGACUACGAAAAAGCAUGGCUGUCGGAUGACCAAAGUUGUCACAGACCUCUGAAGUCAUGAGGGACUGCUAAUCAGAUCAGCGAUGUCUCCAAAAGGAGUCGGCCAGAGCAAGGGGGAGGAAACCGCCGUGCAGGUGGCCGUCCGGGUGCGACCACUUUUGCCCAAAGAAAUUCUGCACAACCAUGAGAGCUGCAUCACGGCAGACCCUGAGGAGAGGAGGGUCACCUUGGGCAAUGACCGUCACUUCCACUGUGACUUUGUCUUUGAGGAGAGCUUGACCCAGGAGGAUGUGUACUCUGACUGCAUUCAGCACCUUAUUGAAUCCUUCUUUCAUGGUUUCAACGCCACAGUUUUUGCCUAUGGGCAGACAGGCUCGGGCAAAACCUACACCAUCGGAGAAGCCGACAUUUCCGCUUUGAGGGAGGAUGAACAGGGCAUCAUUCCCAGGGCCGUGGCUGAGAUCUUUAAACUGCUGGACGAGAAUGACCUCAUCGACUUCUCCGUUCGAGUUUCCUACAUCGAGGUUUACAAAGAGGUCUUCAGGGACCUGCUGGAAGUGGAGACAGCCAGUAAAGACAUAAAUAUUCGAGAGGAUGAAAAGGGGAAUGUGGUGCUGUGCGGUGUGAAGGAAUGUGAAGUGGAGGGGCUUGAUGAGGUUCUCAGUCUCUUAGAGUCCGGAAAGACGGCCCGCCACACAGGGGCCACCCAGAUGAACCCUCACUCCAGCCGCUCCCACACCAUCUUCACGGUGUUGAUGGACCAAAGGCGUGGAUCUUCACGAGGAGCGAGCGGAACCGUGCAGAUUCUGUCUUCCAAGUUCCAUUUUGUGGACCUAGCUGGAUCAGAGCGCAUCCUUAAAACCGGGAACACUGGUGAGCGGCUAAAGGAGAGCAUUCAGAUCAACAGUGGGCUUCUUGCUCUCGGAAAUGUCAUUGGAGCUCUAGGGGACCCUAAGAGAAAAGGCACCCAUAUACCAUAUAGAGAUUCUAAAAUCACCAGGAUCUUAAAGGACUCUCUCGGAGGCAACGCCAAGACACUCAUGAUUGCCUGCAUAAGCCCCUCAUCCUCAGACUUCGACGAAAGCCUCAAUACCCUCAACUACGCCAAGCGUGCCCGUAACAUCCAAAACCGAGCUACCGUCAACUGCCGAGGAGAGCCGGACCGCGUCGGGGGCCUCGAGCUCCAAAUUAAAGCGCUUAGACGUGCCCUUGAAAACCGCCAGCGAUCUGAAACUCGCAUCAUCGCUCGCUCCGACCCCGGUAAAAGACUGAGGCCCUUCGAAUUGGACGUGGGGAAGAUCCAAGCAGAGAGCGCCCACUACAGGACAUGCACAGACUCGGCCUACAGACUCUUUACAGAGCUGCAGGGAGAGGGAACGCUGAACGCUAAUCAGCUGUUGAGGGUGAAGGAGUGGCUUUGCGCUGUCGAGGAGGAAAGGAGCGGGCUGACCUCAGCAUCAGGUCUGGACAGUGGCAUUGAGACCAGCUCUACUGAGGACAGCUCAGCGCUGAAGAAGGCACGGGGAGCAUUUAAUAACCAGGAUCAAGUAAAAGCAGAUUGGGGAUGUGACCGAGAAAACGGCAUUUCUCAGCUGCAGGCUCAGAUACAGCAACUAGAACAAGAAAACACAGACUUCUUGGCUGCGUUGGAAGAUGCCAUGGAACAAUACAAACAGCAGAGUGAUAAGCUGCAGGAGCAGCAGGAUCUAAUAGCUGAGCUUCACAGUCUGUUAGCCCAGCCUGAUGGAGGGGGGCUCCUGCACUUGAGACACAGACCUCACACCGCCCCCAUUAACUCUCUAAUUCAAACAUCUGACGGCACAGGCCAUCUGACUCCUCCCUAUGACGCCGAUGGAGGCAGAUCCACCAACAGACAGGCUGGAAUUGGUGUGUCAGUUGAUGGCAGCUCAUUUUUAGACCAUGCGCAGUGGGAGAACGGGUUUGAAAACACUCACUGCGAGACCUUUGGGAAUGGAGCGAGUCGUGAUGGUGAAGAUGGACCCAUCAAAGCCUGCAGGGACCAACUCAAAUCCAUCAAUGUUACCUGGACAAAGAAAGAUGCCCCAGUACAUCAAGGAUUUUCUGCUGCGAGCAGGGCACCUCUGUCACAAGUGCUUGGGCACAACCUAUUUCCAGCUGUCCAGAACGCUAGACGUACAUCUAACAGCAGCAUUGGAGAAAGCUCGGCGUGGGAGAGUGUGAGAGGCUUUGGAGGUGAGCUUUACUCAGAGAGAGGGCUUCUUCAAGCCCAACAGAAGAUCAGAGAACUCUCCAUAACCAUCCGCAUGAAGGAGGAUCUCAUUAAAGAGCUGAUCAAAACAGGUAAAGAUGCCCAGGCCAUGAACAAGCAGUACAGUUGUAAGAUCUCUGAGCUCGAGUCCGAAGUGGAACAGGCUCGCAUUGAACUCACAGAGGCUCAGAAGCAGCUGCAGGACCUGGAGCUUCAGGGGGGCCGUGACGCAGCUGACCGCUCCAAAGCCCAGGAGUGCAGGAGAAAGAUCGCAGCUGCACAGAGCAAAGUUCAGGUGUUAAAGCAGAAGCAGCGAGACACUGCUCAGCUCGCCAGCCUGUCCGCGCAGAGUGAGCGGCGCGUGCAUGAACUCGAGAGGAAUGUGCAGAGCAUGAGACAGCAGCAGGACCUGCUGCAGCGGCGUCUGCGAGAGGAGAGCCAGCAGAAGAGACGACUGGAAAGUGAGAUGCAGAAGGGAAAACACAGAGUCAAGGAGCUGGAGAUUAAGAACGAACAGCAGCAGAAGAUCCUGAGGAUAAAGACAGAGGAAAUCGCUGCGUUUCAAAGGCAGAGAAGGAGCGGAAGCAAUGGCUCUGUUGUAUCAUUAGAAGAGCAGCAGAAGAUAGAAGAGCAGAAACGCUGGCUCGAUGAGGAAAUGGAGAAGGUUCUGGAACAACGGCGGGGUUUAGACGGCCUGGAAGGAGAGCUGACCAAACGAGAAGAGAUCUUAGCCAAAAAGGAGGCCUUGCUGAUGGAGCGCAGCGGACUGGAAUCCAAAAAGCUUCGAUCUAGUCAGGCCCUCAGUAAAGACCUGGUGACCCUGUCGAACCGAAUCGAAUCUCUGGAGCGGGAGCUGAUCGAGAGGAACGGUCUUCUGCGGAGUAGCAGCGCACAAGACUCCGAGCAGAUCAGACAGGAGAUCUCCAACCUCAGACAGGAGAAAGAACAGCUUCUCCAGCAGAGGGUGGAGCUGGACGACAAACUGAGACAGGGCAAUCUGCUUUCUCCUGAGGAAGAACGCACUCUCUUCCAACUGGACGAGGCCAUCGAGGCUCUAGAUGCCGCUAUAGAGUACAAGAACGAAGCGAUCUCCCAAAGACAGAGACAGCUGAGGGCAUCAGGAAGCAUGCUCACCCAAUGGGAGAUGAACCUGAUGGCCAAGCUCAGCUACCUGUCAGCCUCGGAAACUCGAGCCUUGUUGUGUAAAUACUUUGAUAAGGUCGUGUCCCUCCGCGAGGAGGAGAGGAGGCUGCAGUUGGCCCUGGCCGAGCUGGAGCUCAGAGUCGAGGAGCAGCAGAAUCUGGUUGGUUGGCUGGAAGCAGCUCUGGAGAGACAGCAGAUAGAGGCGGAUCGCAAACUCACCCAGCAGCAGAAGGAACAUGAGAGAAAUAUCCAGCUACUGCUGCAACAGUGCCGAGAGCAAAUGGAUGAAGGUCUGGCAGGUAGACAGCGACAGUAUGAAGGCUUGAUACACAACCUCCGCAAAGAGCUGAACCUUUGCAGAGCAGCCAAUCAGGAGCUAAAUAGCAAACUGCGGGAAAUGCACAGCCCCGUGAAUCAGGCUGGGGAACAGAGCAAAGGUGUUAUUGAAAGGGUCCCGUGCAGAGUCGCUGAAGACACGGUCAGGUCUUCCCUCGAGGCUGAGAGAUUUCAGAGAUCGAGGGAGGAGAUGCGGGACCUCGUGAACGCGCCUCUCCCGCCUACCUGGAGGCGCUCAUCUCUCCCUACUGAAGAUCAGUGUAACAUGGACGAACUGAGACAGACAGCAGCCUGUGAACUGCCAAAUAAUCGAAUAGUUCAACCCAGUGGGAUAUCUGCACACUGGAACGGGACUGCCUCCCUACCUCUCUCACGACCCCGGAGGGAAUCCAGGAGAUCGAGCCUCAACACGGGACCACUAUGUACCAAUUCAGCAAUAAUUGAUGUUCGUAAAAAUCCAGUGUAGUGAAAAACCUUUGUACAAUGAAAACUUGUUUAUGAAUCCAAUAAUCCAAUGUUUUCUAUAAUAUUACAUUGUUAAAUAUAUGUUGUAAUGGUAUGCUUUUUAUUGAUCCUCCUUGAAGUGUACGUUAUAAUGGAACUGUUUCAAGUUUCAGACCCUCUUUGACAUUUUUUGUGAUUAGAUAAGGCUAUUUCCUCCCUAGAUUAAAUAAAAGUAGCCUUGACAGAAAAAAAUGCUA